AGUCAAAUUGCACACUGCAAUGUGGGGUACUUGGUACAACCGGACGGUUUUUGGAAGGUUAACCGUGCAUGUUUUGGUUAGUUUCUCCGCGUUGCGAUGCAGAAAAUACUGACUGAAAGCCAGAAGAAGUACUUCGUCAACAUGGACGAGUACCUGUGCACUCUGGGCCUCUACAGAAAGAGGGUGGCCCAGGACGCGUCCAGUCUGUUCCGAGCCGUGUCAGAAAAGUUGUAUUACUCUCAGAACUACCAUCAGAAGAUCCGUCAGGACUGCGCCGACUUCAUGAAAGCCACCAGAUGCAACUUUGAACCUUUCGUUGAAGGUUCAUUUGAGAAAUAUCUGGAGCGUCUGGAGGACCCCAAGGAGACAGUGGGUCAGGUGGAGAUCAAGGCUCUUUCUCAGCUCUACAGGCAUUGUUUCCUGAUCUAUCGUUACCCAGGGGAACCCGCUAUGGUGAUCUCAGAGGAUGACUUUGUUGACAAGGUGACACUGUGUGCCUCCAACAAUCACUAUGACAUCAUUUACCCGAGGAGUUACCUUGCCUCUGCUGCUCUCUGUCAGUCUAUCCUCUAUGAGCUGCUCUACACUAAGGUGUUUGGGUUUGAGGAGGUAGAGCUCUGUGACGCCAUGGAGGCCUUCAGGAUCGGAGGUCGUUGCUAUAGAAACAGACCAUCCGUGUGUAGGGAUGUCGACUUUGGCUGCGACACACCUGAGGACCGAUGUCACAGGGAGGAGUCAAAGUCAGGUGGAGAUUCAGAGGAGAAGCUCCAAGCUGAGAUAGAUGACUCAAAGCCUCCUGAUGAAGCCCCGCCCCCCUCCAGACUGUCUCUUCCUUAUAAGGUCAUGAAGUCCCUGGACGGAAAACGUUACAGAAACCUUGAGUUUGAUGUCUGGCUGGACACCUGCAAAGAGAUGCAGAAGACCAACUACAUGGUGUUUGAAGGGAGGCAGUACUUCCUGGGAGACAAGUGUCAGGUGCGUCUAGAGCCGCUGGGGAAGUACUUCAACGGCUUCAUCCAGGAAGUAGGAACACAGCCAUCAGCCGUCACCGUCUUCAUCGAGGAGCUGGCAGAGAAACACCUGGUUCCUCUGUCUAAUCUAAUACUAGUAAAACCAGUUCCUGCCUGGAACGUUGCUGAUCCCAGCAGAAAAGGAGACCAGGACUCGGACUCCCGUGGUCAGCGACGUCACCGCCAUCGGUACUCCAGGAAGUCUUGCGGAGUGAAAGGGGUAAAGAUGCUGAUGCCGCCACCAUUCUACUAUAGAGGCCCGGAUCCCUUCGCCCUGCCGCCACGCUUCCAGACCGACCCGCCCCAUCCUCUGUCACCAGGAGCCAUAACCUAUGACCCCUACUCCCCCCUACACCAUCACCACCACCCAACCAGACCUCCUCGCAACAGAGCCUGCAGAAGGUCUACACGUUUCCUGAGCCGCCACCUAAUUGGUCCACAGUUGACCUAUGACCACCCCGGCAGACGAUAUUACCACGACUACGAGAACUAUGCCUUCAGUCGAAGUCGGCGUCUGAUGCUGAAUAAAGAGUGUCAGUUUGGUUUCCCUGAGGAGACAGUGGAGGAACCGACUUAUCAGGAUGGAACCAUGGCAUACUACCAGCUGGACGAGACCAGUGACGCCGUCUUCCCUCCAGUGCUGGUGAGACGACCAAAACUACAAGAAAUAGAUUACACAGACCCGGUUGUGGCACCUCCCUCCAUGGGAGCCCUCCCCCCUCAACCUGAAAACACCCCAGUCUGUUCGUCAGAGGAGGACCAGGCUGAGUACACAGACGAGUACAUCUACUUUACUGAGGAUCAGAGCUACCGGCCCUCGGGUGUUUACACGGCUGCUGAGGCCCCCACAGAUCAGGUAGAGAAGCCAUUAGAGGCCACCUGCUCUUCACCCUCCUCCUCCUCCUGCUCCCCAUCUUCUGAGUUGGGUGAGCCUCGCUGCACUGUGGAAGCUCCGCCCCCUUACUCCUACGCCCCUAACGGCAGUGAUUUACCCCAAGACUGCAGAGUCCUCCAGUAUUACUUCAACUUAGGACUCCAGUGGUACCAUCAUCAGCAGCAGGUGUACCAUGCCAACUCACAGGAGGCACCCUACCCCUACCAGCACUACACCCCCUAUCUGAGCCAGAAACCGCCCCUGCAUGCUGCCCCUCCUUCAUACCCUGAGACAACUCAAGACCCCAAUCAGCCACCCUCCUCUUACCCAGAAUCCACCAAGGCAGAAGAUGGACACACAGCAGGACACAGCAGUGGCCCCGCUCCCUCCUUUGAAGCCUCCUCCUCCACCAUAAGCCCUGCCCCUUCAGACUCCACCCCCUCCUCUGCUUUCCCAUACCCAUAUCAAACACCCCACCCACCUCCCCCGAUGCUGCACCUGCCAUAUGAAGCUCCGCCCACAGCAACCUACCUGCCUACCGCCCCUCCUACUCUGGCUUUCUCUGCUCAUCUUGACCCGGCCCAGCUCACCCAUCAUUCCUCUUACCACGCCUGCCUCCCCCACUCCACCCACUGGGGGGCCCUACAGACCCAAGGUCACGCCACACGGGUCUACUACCCUGCCCCCAACCCCUACCACUGGGGGGCGUUGCAGACCAGAGGCCAUGCCACACAAGUCUACUGCCCUGGCCCCAACCCCUCCCACGUUGUUGGUUACAACAGAGUCCCGCAAUCCCACCACAUGGCCACACACUACAUUCCUCCCAGCAUCUAACACAUGCCACAUACCUCACUCAUUAGCUAAAGGCUAACAACUCCCUUUGUGUUCAAUGACCGUUGCUAACAAGUCCUCCAAACAAGUUCCUGCAAAUGUGGAACCUCAACAAAAUUGAGAAAAUUUCAAAAUAUAAUUU